AGGGCCUGCCACAGCCCAGGGAGCACAAGCCUUUGGCUCUGUCCUCUGCCAGCUUCUCCACUGCUCCCACACCUUCCUGUCUCCAACAUGACCUGUGGCUUCAGCUCCGUGGGCUGCGGAUUCGGUCCCAGGAACUUCAGCUGCAUGUCGGCCUGCGGGCCCCGGCCCGGCCGCUGCUGCAUCACCGCCGCCCCCUACCGCGGCGUCUCCUGCUACCGCGGCCUCACCGGCGGCUUCGGAAGCCACAGCGUCUGCGGCGGCUUCCGCGCCGGCUCCUGCGGCCGCACCUUCGGCUACCGCUCCGGCGGCGUGUGCGGCCCCAGCCCGCCCUGCAUCACCACCGUGUCGGUCAACGAGAGCCUCCUCACGCCCCUCAACCUGGAGAUCGACCCCAAUGCGCAGUGCGUGAAGCACGAGGAGAAGGAGCAGAUCAAGUGUCUCAACAGCAGGUUCGCUGCCUUCAUCGACAAGGUGCGCUUCCUGGAGCAGCAGAACAAGCUUCUAGAGACCAAGUGGCAGUUCUACCAGAACCGCAAGUGCUGCGAGAGCAACCUGGAGCCCCUGUUCGAGGGCUACAUCGAGACGCUGAGGCGGGAGGCCGAGUGCGUGGAGGCCGACAGCGGGAGGCUGGCCUCGGAGCUCAACCACGUGCAGGAGGUGCUGGAGGGCUACAGGAAGAAGUAUGAAGAAGAGGUAGCACUUCGGGCCACAGCGGAGAACGAGUUUGUGGCUCUAAAGAAGGAGGUGGACUGCGCUUACCUCCGCAAGUCAGACCUGGAGGCCAACUCGGAGGCCCUGAUCCAGGAGAUCGACUUCCUGAGACGCCUGUACGAGGAGGAGAUCCGCGUUCUCCACGCCCACAUCUCAGACACCUCGGUCAUCGUCAAGAUGGACAACAGCCGGGACCUGAACAUGGACUGCAUUGUGGCCGAGAUCAAGGCUCAGUACGAUGACAUCGCCAGCCGCAGCCGGGCUGAGGCCGAGUCCUGGUACCGCAGCAAGUGCGAGGAGAUGAAGGCCACGGUGAUCCGGCACGGGGAGACCCUGCGCCGCACCAAAGAGGAGAUCAACGAGCUGAACCGCAUGAUCCAGAGGCUGACCGCCGAGGUCGAGAAUGCCAAGUGUCAGAACACCAAGCUGGAGACCGCGGUGACCCAGUCUGAGCAGCAGGGCGAGGCGGCCCUGAGCGACGCCCGCUGCAAGCUGGCCGAGCUGGAGGCCGCCCUGCAGAAGGCCAAGCAGGACAUGGCCUGCCUGGUCAAGGAGUACCAGGAGGUGAUGAACUCCAAGCUGGGCCUGGACAUCGAGAUCGCCACCUACAGGCGGUUGCUGGAGGGCGAGGAGCAGAGGCUGUGUGAAGGUGUUGGAGCUGUGAAUGUCUGCGUCAGCAGCUCCCGGGGCGGGGUUGUCUGCGGGGACCUCUGCGUGUCCGGCUCCCGGCCUGUGACCGGCAGCGCGUGCAACGCCCCCUGCAGCGGGAACCUGGCGGUGAGCACCGGAAUGUGCGCGCCCUGCGGCCAGCUCAACACCACCUGUGGAGGGGGUUCCUGCGGGCUGGGGAGGUGUUAGGCGGCCCCGAGAGAGCCAGAGAAGCCCCUCCUGCCUGCCAGAUGUGCCCCUGCCUCCACCUCCAGCUGAGAACAGCGGUGCCUCGGUAGCUCUUCCCCUCGUGUUCUGAGAAUACACCAUGCGGCUCUUUCCCAUCAGCCACUCCUCUGCUCGUCUUGUCCUACUGGAGGGGGCUGCUGCCUGGGAAUGGACCCUUCCCUUCCGCUGUGUUGGCCUCUGGCCCCUCCCUGGGAGAAGGGCUCUCCUUCCCCGGCAGGAGCACUGCUGGAGGCCUCCCCUGCCUCUCUGGUCUCUUGUCUCCUGUUUUUCCCAAUAAACUGGAGGACCUGC